AUGAAUCGUCAAAACCUCAUCAAGAACGACCGUGAUUCAUACUACGCUUCGAGAUACGAGGACGCCGAGGUCGUAACCGUCCUCUUCGAUCAGGAUGACUACCACGACAACGACGACGACGACGAGCAACUACCUGCCUACUACGCCGGACCCAGGAAAUAUCUAGCUUCACUUGCGGUUCCCGUGGUGCUGUUCGUGGUCUUCCUGACCCUCCUCCUCGUCUGCGCAGCAGCGGUGCUCCUGACGAUGAGAACCAUCGCCAUCAGCAGCAGCGACAGCGGCGUGGGCGGUUUUGCCGCCGCUGGCCCCGAAGUGCUCGACUGCGGAGAGAGCCCCGAAGAAGCAGUAACCCGGGGCUGCCGCUUCGACGUCAUGAGCUUCACGUGGUCUCCGGCGCCGUGCUUCGACGAGGCCCUGGUGACCGAGUUCCUGGAAUCCGCGCCCUCGUCCCCAGGCUACUGGCAAUGGUGGACCGGGACGAAUCUGACCACGGCGACGGCGUUGGGCCUGGGGGACGUCCAGGGCGGCACGUUCCCCCAGCUCUACGUCACCAACGAAUACCACCAGUACCACUGCAUGUACAUGUACAAGAAGCUGCACCGGGCCCUCCGCGCCGGAGCGGGAUACCUGGACAGCUACAUCGGCAGCUACGAGCAUACCCUCCACUGCGAGCAUAUCCUGCUGUCGAGGGACUUCAACCCGGAUAGAGUGGAGACCACAAUUCGGCGCAAGUUUGUGACUUGUGGACGCAUAAGCAGCUAA